UGCAAGGACAGUCUGGUUUGUAAAUUUGGAGUGUUAGAUUGUACCCAAUAUUUGCAUAUACAGUGAAACCAUAUACACACAAAAUUCGACACUUUUUUAACGACUCUAUUGUUCCAGUUUAUGUCGUCUAUAAAAUUAUGAAAAAGAUUGACCGAUUGGUUUGUGUGGAGGACUUUGCUCAAGAAGCGAAGCAAGUAUUAGCAAAGAAUGCCAAGGACUAUUUCACAUCCGGUGCGGACGAUGAGAUCACCGUGGUACAAAACACGGAAGCUUUCUCCAGGUUGCUGAUUCGACCAAGAGUGCUGAGAGAUGUAUCGGUCAGAAAUCUGUCAACUAUGAUCCUUGGAAAAAGUGUCAAAGUUCCGCUGGGCGUUUCUCCCUCAGCCUUCCAAGGACUGGCUCAUUCCGACGGAGAAUGUGGAUCUGCUAAGGCCGUUGAAGCCAUUGGGGGCAUCUUCAUUUUGAGCGUGUUUGCAACCAAGAGUUACGAAGAGAUUGCAGCUGCUGCUCCAAACGUUAGGCGUUGGUUCCAAUUUUACAUGCAUAAAGAUCGAUCCUUGACUCGUGGAAUAAUUAACCGAGCACAGAAAGCUGGGUUUGAAGCAAUUGUGCUAACGCUGGAUGCACAAUCCGUGGGCAAUAGACGAAGCAGUCGGAGAGAUCCAUUGGAGUUCCCGUCCCAUUUAAAAUUGCCCAACGCCACUCCGGAUGCUGCACAGAAGGAAUUGAAAAUUUUUGAGCUUCAUGACAUAAUGGAUCACGGCGUUACUUGGGAGGCUGUAUCUUGGUUGAAGAGCAUAUCCAAUUUGCCGUUGGUUGUUAAAGGGAUUCAGACAGUGGAGGAUGCCAUAAUUGCUGUCAGUCACGGAGUCGAUGCCAUUUUUGUCAGUAAUCAUGGUGGACGACAAGUUGAUACGGCCGUGCCAACUUGUGAUAUCCUACCAGAGAUUGUGAGGACGGUGAAAGGCAAGUGCGAAAUAUACGUGGAUGGUGGCGUCCGUCGUGGCACCGACAUAUUCAAGGCGUUGGCCCUUGGCGCAAACAUGGUCUUUGUGGGUCGACCAAUCGUGUAUGGCUUAGCUGUCGGUGGAACUGUGGGUGCCACAAAAGUUAUGCACAUUUUGAGGGAUGAGCUCGACCUCACGAUGGCUUUGUCAGGAGUGUCCAAUGUGUCAGAACUUACACCUUCUUAUGUGAAUCGGGUUCCUGGGCAUUCACAUUUAUAAUUCCGGUUAUGUGAAAUACAAAAUUUUUGUAUUUACGACAAGUAAUUUUUUAUGUAGAAGUUUAAAUCUAUUUCGAAAUAUAAAUUUGUUAUGUGAGAAU